AUGAGCAACGAAGCAAAGUUAAAGCCGAAUGAUAUCAUCAAGAGAUCUAAAAAUGAUUACAAGUGAGUGCAGACAUCUUCUGAAGGGACUGAAUUCGUUCCAGUUGGAAAGUUAUCGUGGAACUCGGAGCAGGAGGGUUCGGAACGGUGAACAAAGUGGUCCAAGUGAACCAGAACGGUGUGAGGAUCAAUUCGAAAGUGAGUGGAGUAUCCGAAACUCGUCGAGCUCAUCGGAACGUUUGAGGAGUUUGCGAUGAAGACAGAAUUGAAGUGUAUAAGUCGGCAGGCGUCCCGAUUGAAAAUAGAGAAGAAUGUGAUGGCUUCCUAUUCGAAAUGCGAUGCACAGUACAGAGGACAUUUCCCCGAACUCAUUGAUAUAGGUCAAACUGCCACGGAAAAAGUGAUCAAAGAAGAAUGGGAAUUAGAGAAAACGGAAGGAUUUCAGUGGAUUGUGAUGACUCUCGUGGGCGCAUCUCUGGAGAAUCUGAAAAGGAAACGUCCGUUCUCGCCCUCGACAGCUCUUCAGUGUUCUCUUCAAACACUAAAAGUACUCACAGACUAUCAAAAGUGUCCAUUCAACGAUUUCAGGCAAUUCAUGAUUUCCAUCAAGUCGGUUUCCUUCAUCGGGACAUCAAACCUGCCAAUUGCUGCAUCGGAGCCGGCGAAAAUGCAGAGGUCGUCUAUCUUCUGGACUUUGGACUCGCCAGAAAGUAUCGCAUGAAAAACGGGGUAAUUCGUCCGCCGAGGCCGAAAACGAAAAUGAUCGGAACCCCGAGGUAUUGCCCGAGAGCGUCGCAUCGUCAAGAAGAGCUGUCCCGCAAGGACGACUUCGAAAGUUGGCUAUUUAUGGUAAACUCGUCGCGGAAACAUAUUCUGAAUUCGUUCGAUUCCAGUUAUUCGACUUUGUUGACAGGGAGAAUGGCGUUCCGUGGAAAGGGAAACCGAGAGAUAAAGCACAUGAGAUGAAAGUUCGAGUAUUUGAAGAGCCGAACUGGAGUGAGUCGGAGCGAGCAGAGAUUGAAGAUAGGUCUAUAAUAUUUCAGUUUCGACCGUCUCUUCCGUUCCCACUAAAUUCAUCGUGAUGGCUGAUUAUUUGAAUAGUUUGGAAUACACUUCGGACGUCGGUUUCGGGUUGUUUCUCCGCGCUCUUUCUGUUCAUUUUAAUCGAUUUCAUUCAGAAUCUUACGGGAAACAAUCACCGAUUAUGCGAGAAGUCUUAAUUUGACACUGCACGAACGGCUCGAUUGGACGAUUCCAGAAGACAGAGAUGUGACGAACACGACGACAACCACACUGACCGUCCGUUCAUUUUGGACCCCCCCACUCUUUCCGAUUGCUCUGUUUUCAGUAUUCGGUGGACGAUAACAAGUCGAUUGGCUCGGAAGGUUCUUCUGAUCGGGAGCGUUCGCAGAGCAGGAAGUCACGGAGCAGAGUGUCCAAAUCGUGAGCACAAUUACUGUCAUCCAGACAAGACAAUUCGUUUCAGAAAGAAGCCACUGAAAACAAGAAAAUCCAUGAUGACGUUCGAGGAAAAGUAA